UCCUUUCCAGUCUGUAUCUAACCCUCCCCCUCCCCCCUCCCUCCAUCCUGUCCUGCCCUCUCUCAGCCUCUCUUGCUCUCCCUCCUUUCCAGUCUGUAUCUAACCCUCCCCCCCUCCCCCCUCCCUCCCUGCUCUCCUCUUUCCGUUUGUGACGGAGAGAAUCUCCCCCUGAUGCUGAUGGUUUGGGCCUGUACGUGUUGUUGUUCAUCCAGGCCACGGAGAGAAACAGAGAGUCUCUCUUUUUGAAAUGGUCUAUUUCUCCAUCACUCCCUCGUUCAUUCGGAACCGGAUCCUCUCGGCAUUUCUAAUCUAAAUCUGUUCUGAUUUCUGGUGUGUCGAUCUACAUUAAGGGGACAGAACCACAGCAGUCGGCUGCUAGCAGUGGGAAGUACUUAUGGCGAUGACCCCCCACACCGCUGAGGUAGCUCGUCUCUACCAGACAGAGUUUAUCCGUAGCGCCCGGGCGGUGGGCGUCCUCUGGGCUGUGUGUACCCUCUGCUUCGCCAUCAUCGAGGUUGUCAUCCUAAUACAGCCCUCCUGGGUGGGCACCAGAGAGGUUCACUACCAGGGAGGAGGCCCCGUGCCAAAGUCUGGCACCUUGGGACUGUUCGAGGUGUGUGUGGAGUCUGACUGGCCGGUCCCAGAGUGUCGUGGCUCCCUGAGCACUCUGACCCCUCUCCCAGCCUUCCAGUCUCCCGCCGUGCUGGUUUGCAUGUCCCUGACCAUGGUCUGGAGCAGCGUCGGCUGCCUCUCCCUCUUCAGGUUCUGCAACGCCGCCACCGUCUACAAGAUCUGCGCUUGGCUGCAGCUUACUGCAGGGUUCUGCCUGGCUCUCGCCUGCGUGCUGUUCCCUGACUCGUGGGAUUGUGCGGACAUGCGGGACCUGUGUGGUGACGGGGUGACCAGUUUCUCCUCCGGAAACUGCUCUGUGCACUGGGCCUUUGUCCUGGCCUUGUUGGGCGUCCUGGAUGCUGCCAUCCUGGCCACUCUGGCCUUUGUACUGGGCAACCGACAGGACGCUCUGCUGCCAGAGGACACCAAGGACGGUGAGAAUAGCACCAUAUACUACAGCACCCACAAUGCCUUGUGUAACAUAUCCUGUUAUUCUGUUAUUGACUGUAUGUUUGUUUACUCCAUGUGUAACUCUGUGUUGUUGUAUGUGUCGCACUGCUUUGCUUUAUUCUUGGCCAGGUCGCAGUUGUAAAUGAGAACUUGUUCUCAACUGGCCGACCUGGUUAAAUAAAGGUCCUACUCACAUGUCCCGAUAGCAAGGACGGUGAGCAUAGCAUUAGUAGUCAAACACAUCACAUUUCAGAGAUGGUGAUAAUAGUAUACUGUGCCUUCAGUAAGUUUUCACACCCUUUGACUUUCUCCACAUGUUGUUGUGUUACAGCCUGAAUUUAAAAUGGAUUACAUUGAGAUGUUGUGUCACUGGUCUCAACACAAUACCACAUAAUGUAAAAGUGGAAUUAUGUUUUAAGACAUUUUUACAAAUUUAUUGAAAUGAAAAGCUGAAAUGUCUUGAGUCAAUAAGUUUUGCCGAGCAUAAAUAAGUUCAGGAGUAAAAAUGUGUUUACCAAUAUGUUGCAUGAACUCUGUGGGUAAUAAUAGUGUUUAACACAAAUUUUUUUAUCUGUAAGGUCUCUCAGUCGAGCAGUGAAUUUCAAACACAGAUUCAACCACAAAGACCAGGGAGGUUUUCCAAUGCCUCACAAAGAAAGGCACCUCUUGGUAGAUGGGUACAAAUAAAAAAAGCACACAUUGAAUAUC